AUGCAGAUCGAGGCUGUCCAAGAAAAUAACGCUGUAGACAGAACAUGGAACUAUCGAUGUGGCGGCUCUGCGGCUACUUCCACAUGCAACUGGAGCCGUGAGUUUUAAAAAAAGAAGAAUUUCCUAUACACUAGUUUAGGGAUGAAGCGUUUUUUUUUAAAAUGAACUUUACUAUUAUUAAUAUUUGUAAUUAACUAUCUAAUUUAAAAGAGGUCAUUUGCAAUGUUUUCCGUCAUUUGGAUGUUACAUUUAAAAAAAAAUAUAUAUCUCUGACUGUUUGGCUUGAUCAGAGGAUAGAAACACGUGUCUACACGUUUAUGAUAAAGUAGACAAAUAUAACUGAUAUAUUUAAUCUGAACCGUUAUUGUUACUUUAAGCUUACGUAAACAACUGGCACGAGAUGGUGGCCUUCAUUUGUCCUGGGGACACUGUCAUCACUGGCGUUGACAGUUAUCAUGACGAAUUAGCAGAGGACAGACGAUACAAGUUUAGAUGUUGCGGCAUU